UGGAGCCCCUUCCAGUCCCUAAAGGGGCUCCAGGAAAGCUGGGGAGGGACUUUUUAGCAGGGCCUGUUGUGAUGGGACAAGGGGUAAUGGCUUUAAACUAAAAGAGGGAAGAUUUAGACUAGACCUAAGGAAGAAAUGUUUUACGCUGAGGGUGGUGAGCCCCUGGCCCAGGUUGCCCAGGGAGGUGGGAGAUGCCCCAUCCCUGGAAACAUCCCAGGCCAGGUUGGACGGGGCUCUGAGCGACCUGGUCUGGUUGGAUGUCCCUGCCCAUGGUAGGGUUUUGGACUGGAUGGCCUUUAAAGGUCCUUUCCAGCCCAAACUAUUCUAUGAUUCUGCAAGACUGAGACGAGAGGGAGGACCGGGCUAUUUUUCUGGUUGAGGCCCAGGCUGGUGGCUCUCCCUGGAUGGGCCUUUUUCUUCCCUGUUAUGCAAACUAUAAAUAUGAGCCAAUCCCCAAACAACCCCCUCCACCCACGGCAACACGUCAGCAGGAUUAAGCCAUUUGGUGCUGAUAAGAGUGCUGGGGUGGGAGGGGUGCUGGCCGUCCCGGAUGAAGGCAGCUGGUUCAGGGCUGGUGGCAGCGUCGGGGUUCACCGCCGCUGUGCCCCGCUGUGGGUCUGCACCCCCGCGGGAGACCUGCUGCACAGGGGGGAGCACCCCGGAGGCAGCAGCACCCUUGGAAAGCUACGGCAAAGGCCGAGCACGCUGGGUCACACGCAGAUUUGGUCUUCUCUCGCCUUCCAGGUCAUUUCUGACUUCGACAUGACGCUGAGCAGGUUUGGGUGCAACGGCAGACGCUGCCCCACUUCGCACAAUAUCCUUGAUAACAGUCGUCUUAUCAGCGAGGACGGCAAGAAGAAGCUGAGAGAUCUGUUGCACUAUUACUAUCCCAUUGAGAUCGAUCCCAACCGGACCCUGGAAGAGAAACGUCCCCUCAUGGUGGAGUGGUGGACCAGGGCCCAUGAGCUGCUGUCACAGCAGAAGAUCCAGAGGGGUGACAUAGCCCAGAUCGUCAGGGAGUCGGACGUGAUGCUGAGGGAUGGAUUCAAUGAAUUAUUUGAUCAGCUGCAUAAGCACAACAUCCCCCUGUUCAUCUUCUCCGCUGGCGUCGGUGACGUCCUUGAAGAGAUUAUCCGUCAGGCCAACGUCUUCUACUCAAAUGUCAACGUGGUGUCCAACUACAUGGACUUCGACGAUAAGGGAAUCCUCACGCGUUUCAAGGCACCUCUCAUCCACACCUACAACAAGAACAACAGCAUCCUGCAGGGGACGGAGUAUUUCCAGCAGCUGAGCGCUAGGACGAGCAUCAUCUUGCUGGGGGACUCCAUGGGUGAUCUGACGAUGGCAGACGGCGUUCCCAAUGUGGAGAACAUCCUCAAGAUCGGCUUUCUCAACGACAAGGUGGAAGAGCGGAGGGAGAAGUACCUGAGCGCUUACGACAUUGUCCUGGAGAGCGACGAGACGCUGGAUGUGGUCAACGGGAUUCUCCGGUACAUCCUCGUAGAGACGUGAGCUGGGAAGGCAGCGUCCCGGCUCCGGCCCCUCAGCAAGGCGCCUGGGCAGCGAGUGUCCUUCCCUCGACGAAGCUGGAGCGGAUCUUCUGGUACCUGCUGGGCUCCAUCCUGGCGCUGGGCACUGUCUCUCGUGUGCCGUGCACAUCCCGACCUCGCCAUCCCCCCUUCGGUCAGCCCUGCAGCAGGAGCGGGGAGACGGAGGAAGCCUCUCCAUUCCCUUUACCCCGCCUCUGCCCAGCUCUGCUCCGUCCCGCUGGGACUCCAUCCCCACCACCGCCUGAGGCCACAACAAACCGUUUCAUGUUUCGGGUGGAGACGUUCUGCGCUUGCUUCAGCGGCCGAGCGCAGAAAUGGAGAUCAUUUGCCGUGGCUUGAGGACAGGCCCGUUUUAGAUGGAAGCUGUUUAAUUUUACUAUGUUCCUGUCUAAGAAAACAAGUCUCUCUGUC